CUAGGUGGAGUUAAAUAUUCUGGUAAAUCCAGAGUGAACUUUGGCACUGAAGUCCACCUGGAAUGUGGGCCAGACUCGGGUCUCAAGGUGCAGUCAUAUGACUCCGGGAUGGCAGAAGGAGACUCGACAGAGCUGCAAACUCAUCGGUGAAACUCACCCAGCAAGUUCUGUGAUCUUGAACGAGUCGACUCAUGUUGGCAGGAGUCAGUCCUGACUGGUUCCAGCUCCAGGUGGGAAGAGACGCGCUGUUUGCGGAGCAGUAGUGUGCAGAAGGAGGAGGAGGAGGAGGAGGAGGAGGAAGAGGAGGAUGACAGUUUGUUGUCUGUCGAGGCUCUGUGGAUGCGACAAGCUCCUCUUCACCUGUGCGUGGUGUGAUUUCUGCCGGGACAGAUGGAAGAUCUGAGUGCCGGGAGUCCGCGACAGACAGCGGGAGAGGAGAGCAGCUCGGCGGGCAGCCAGCAGCCUCAUGUCCGCCUCCAGAGGAGGGUAGCAGCGGUCAGCUCUCCGGCUCUGUCCGCCGCACGGCUCACCUUACCGGGAGUCAUGGACGCCGAGGGAAGGGUCGAUGAGUCAAGACUCAGGAUGCAUAUCUUUAAAAACGGUGGCGUGUGCCCCUCUGAGCGUGGCCUUGUGUGGCGUUUCCUGUUUGGGAUGUACCCGUGCGGCUCGACAGCUUUAGAGCGCUCUCUGCUGCAGGAGCAGAUGGUGGUACGUUAUCGGGUCAUGAGGAGAAAGUGGCAGCAGUUCCUCCCCUCGGCUGUGAGGAUGCACCUCAACGGCACUGACGCUGAGUUGGUAGCAGCAGUCAGGUUCUUUGACCAGCGGCAGGCGCAGCAACAGACCCAGGACCAGUCUGAGGAGGUCAGGGACAGACUGGCUUUCUUGGAGCUUCAAGCACAGAUACUGUUUGAGCGGGUUACGUUUGACCAAGAGGAGCUACGGGAAGCUACAAGAAUCAUCGACAAGGACGUGCCAAGAACUAACAGAGACCUCUGCUAUUAUCAGGGUGAAGGUUCAGGAAAUCUGUUGGUUUUGAGAGACAUCCUCAUCACUUAUGCUGCUUUUCAUCCAGAGGUCAGUUAUGCCCAAGGAAUGAAUGACCUGUGCAGCCGAUUCCUGGAGGUUCUUGACUCUGAGGUCGACACUUUCUGGAGUUUCUCCUGCUACAUGGAGAAGUUCUCCAAGGACUUCAGGGCUGAUGGUCUGCACAGGAAAAUAGAGUUGGAGGCCGCCCUGUUAAAGGAACUGGACCCUCAGCUUUAUGCUCAUUUGGUCACAGACAACAUGGAGAGCUUCACCUUUUGCCACAGGUGGCUGCUGCUGGGUUUCCAGAGGGAGUUUGAACACAGUGACGCCUUACGUUUGUUCGAGAUCCUGAGCUGUGACCACCUGGAGCUUAUCUCCCAGCAAGUAGACCGAGCCCGUUAUCAGGAAAGGUUGGCACAAAAACACAGCACAGAGGACAAUACAGAGUCAAAGCAGAAAACCAUCAACACCGACUUCACCUUUGAGCUCUUCAUCUGCGCAGCCAUCCUGUUAGACAACAGAGAGUCCCUGCUGCUCUGCAGGGACGAUGUACAACUCAUCCAGUUCACCAGCAGCCUUCAGGGAAAAAUGGACCUGAAUAGCACGCUGAAGAAAGCAGAGCACCAUUUGUACAACUACUGCAAGCGAUGUGCUUGGGACUAUAUGAAUGGACACUGCAGAGCACACAAGAGCAAAGAAGAGGACUUUCUCUACCAACUCCGUAGUUUACUUGUUUUAAAGUGAUAGCUGCUAUUUAAAUACAUGAUGUCAAAGACUGUAAGACUGUAAUUUGUAACAAGGGACAUGUAAUCCCUACAUGGACACAUUUUCUUUAUCUUAAUCUUUAUUACUGAGGGAAACACACUGAUGGCUGCUUAUCUUAAGUUUAUCUGCUGCUUAUUAUAAAUGUAUAGUAUUUAUUGCAUGGCAGUUGUUUCGGUUGCUCUCCUGAACGUCCAUGAAUAUAAAAUGCUCAAUAUCUUAGUAGGAAAUAAGAAUCCAUGCUUUGGAGGAUUUGUUUUUCCAGGUUAUGCAAUAUUCAACUGCUAGAAGAAAACGACUCGACACGUGUGUGUGUGUGUGAACACUAAGAUCUGGUGUGUCGCAACAGGUGGUGCCUGCAACGAACUGCAGUUAUAUUUGAUGCCAGAUGGCCCAUGUGUCAGAGAGGCCUAUGUAACAAGAAUAGAUGUGCAGUUUUUGAGCUCUGGCAGAGGGAACAUGCAGUAAGGGGAAGGAAAUUUACUGCACGACUGUGUCUUACAUAGAGAAUAAAAAACAAGAAUACAGGAAUAUUUGGUAUUACUUUCUCCUGCAAUACAUUAUCAAUACACUGGUGCCAAAUGUCUAUAUUUAUACACCCUGCUCUCCCUCCUGAGCCAUAGCCACCCCUCAAAACACAUCACUGCUUACAAUUUGCACCUCUAAAGUGAGCCAAUAAUGUGAUCUAUUUAUUUCAGGUAUUUUAUUGCAAAUUGCAUUAACACCUG